AUAGGCUCGCUUGAAGAUUGCAUCUGUCACCAUGCAGCGCGUUUCGAGCCUCUUUGCGAUCGCCGCGGCCCUGGUCAGCGUGUCGGCAGCGGCGCAGGACAGCGAUGUCGUGUACUUCAACUCGGAUUCCGUGUCUGCCGUUCUCUUGGGUGACUGGGGAGGUCAAGAUGCCGCUCCCUAUGCCGAAGUUGGACAGCUCGCCACCGUUCCCGGCCUCACCGCUGUUGUGACCCAAGUGAAUGCGCAACUUGCCCUUCUGCUUGGCGACAAUUUUUAUUCGUCGGGCAUUCACAGUGAUGAACAUGAUGCUCGUUUCGUGGAGACCUUUGAGCAAGUGUACAACAGCAGCGUGCUUGAGGCUAUUCCCUACUACGUGAUUGCUGGUAAUCAUGAUCACAAGGGCAAUGUGUCGGCUCAAAUCGCCUACUCCCAAUUGAGCUCUCGCUGGCAUUUUGACGAUUAUUACUACAAGAAAAGCUUUGUUUUCUCCCCAUCCUCCGAGCGCAACAUGACCAUUGACAUCAUCUUCAUCGACACGGUGCUGCUGGCAGGCAACUCGGAUGACCUUGAAGACAAGUUUGGUACCUUGCCUGGCCCGAUCGAUGCCGACUGGGCUGAAACUCAAUGGUCAUGGAUUCAGGCCUCGCUGCGUGACAGCACGGCUGACUACCUGUUUACGGCUGGUCACUAUCCCGUAUGGAGUGGCUGCAGCCAUGGUCCGACCGACAUCUUGGUGGACCGCCUCAAGCCCAUGCUGGAGCAGUACGGCGCCACCGGCCACUUGUCCGGACACGACCAUUGUCUGGAAUAUAUCGAUGAGGGUCUGGGCCCCGUUUAUCCUCUCUCUGGCGCUGGAGACAACUGCUGCUAUGACAACACCAAUGCCGACAAGGUACCUGAAGGUGCUAUGAAGUUUGCCAUCUGGAAUGAUGGCACGGGCAGUCCCAUCGAGGGCGGUUUUGCCAUCAUGACCGCGAAUGCUACGGAAGUUGUCUUUGAGUACUUUGCCGCCAACGCCACUCGCCUGUUUACGUCAAACCCUGUCAAGCCUCGCACUCAUUAAUGGGCAUUGUCGACGCCUGGCUUUUUUCCAUGGACCAGGCGCAAUGCUAAAGCGGAUUGUGGCUUGUUACUUUUGUUCCCUCUCUCCCUGCCUCUUUGGGGAGAUCGUUGCUGUUUGUGUCAUCAUCUGUUGGACGCGCUUUGUAUUCGGGUUUGCCAACGAUGCGAAAACUUUCAGUUGAGUGAGACAGAC